GGUAAUUAAUCACCUGCAUCUCGGCCACCAGCCGCGCCGGGAAUAUCGGAUCGAUGAACAGAUCGGAAGGAAAUUUUGUACCGGGUGGCAACUUAUGACUGUGUCAUAUGAAAUAUACUGUAAAUCGCUCCAUAAACUGUUGAAACCGUAUAAGCCAAAAAUGUUUUGUAUCACGUCUUAACGGGUCGAACACUGUAAUAACAGCACUUCUUCCAGGGUAGAACGGAAAAGGUUAUAAAUGCAGCCUUGAAAAGUUUCCCUCGAACUACUCCAGCUCAUCGCCUCGGACCAUCGACCACCACCUGUUCGGCUGUCCCCCGAUCUUCAUGGGCGUGACUGCCGCCAACAGCAGCCAACCUUUUCUGCAGUACUGGAUAUUGUUCAGCCCAGGCCAAGGAGGGAUCGUUUCAUCGUUUAAAUUCAGGACGCCGCUGUAGGUAUCCUCUUCACGUGACCAGUGAACGUGUUUGCCUUGACAUGUGGGUCCAAGGAACUGCCUGAAGAGUUUCAGCCCUCCAUUCAAGAUGUCAACUGGGAUGACAGCCACCAAGGGAGGCAAUCAGCAACCAGAUCUCUUCAAGUUAGCUGCUGCUUUGGAGAAUGCCACACCAAAUAACCUCUUUGCCUCUGCUGCAAGACCAAAAACAUCACAAGAAGAAUUUAAAAUCACAAAGACCAAGGAACAAGUUGAAGAACAGGAUGGGAAAGAAGCCGGUGAUGACAUCACAAUGGAAACUGCCGAGGGGAUCAGAGAUGUGUUGUUUGGUAGAAGAUCGUUUACUAUCGGCGAUGAAUGGAAAAGGGCUUCGUUUGUACGGUGUCCCCCAGAUGGCCCGUUUCCCUAUGGGCUACUUACACCAAGGGAUAAAGCAAGAGGACUAUUAAUUGCUAUCCAGGCACAGUUCAUUCAAAAGAUACUAGAGGGUGAUGGCAACCAGUCUACUCAGGAUCCAGCAAGAGCUACAGGUCAGAUUAAAGUUCGCAAGUCACUUACAGCUUACGCCCAGAGGAAGCAAUUUAUUAGCACGCUAGUUACUAUUCUAUGGCGAGCAGGAGAAUGUAAGAAAGCUAUUGUUGUUCUACACUAUCCAAAGUAUGCUGCCUUGCUUUACUCACAACAAAAGAGACUGGAGCAUUUUAUUCAGGAGAUCAAAGUGAUAGAGUGUGUUAGUGAAAAGCAGCUUCACAAAUUGCUGGACAAGAAACUAGGAAUGUUUGAAGACCAGGUUGGAGGAGGCCCUCUGAUGUUCCUUUUCAGUCUCAUCCUUUCAAGAAGAAUCUCAAAACUCAAAGAUGAUCUUCAAGGAGAGUAUCUAUGGACAGAGACAGACCAAUGCAGUCUUUCACUCAUCAAUCUUGUAUUAAGUGGACAGGCCACACCUUACCUCUUCAAUGGAAAACAGGAGUAUGGUCUGGAUUCCAAACCAUUGGAUGUACCUCGUUAUGGCAUCCAAAAGAGAGCUGAAAUUGGUAUACUUGUGGUUGACAGGCCCGAAGGAAAACAAGCCAAAAAUAUCAAGAAAAUCACAAUAGGGAGCAUGUUGAAGACUCCUGUCUUUCCUGUCUGGGUGUUGAGGUUAAAAGGACGUUAUUCACUCUUCUUCUGCUGUAAUCUGAACCUAAACCGAGAUUGGAGGAGUGAGGCUAAGUUUAGUCUUUAUUUCUAUACGGGUCAGAGUGAGCAGAAGGAGGAAGUCAGGUUGACAGUUGAUUCCAGACUGAGGCUUAUGGAGGAGAAAAAGAAAAAGGACGAUAAGAAUAUUCCUCUAGUAGAUGAGUGCAUUCAAUCAAGAUGGCCUGGUGCCCAUAUAGACUGGAAUGGAACGCCCCCUUUCUUCUGAUGAACCAAUCAGCAAUCAGGAUGAGUAAAGAUACUCCCUAAGUGUGCAAAAAAUAAUAAGUGAAAUGUAUUCUGUUUUUUACAGUGCCAUAUGUAGUCUUUAUUUGUCACAGUUAAGCUGAUUGAGAUUGAUUCAAUUCAACUUUAUUUCCACAAUUAAAGAUAUAUAAAUGUACAGAAUCAUUGACAUGAAAUGUAUUAUAUAUGUGAAAGGGUCAAAGAAAGCACAAUGCUUGUGUUAAUUGGCCCUAUAACAAAAAUCCAAUCAAUUCAUGUCAAAUUUACACAAAAGUUAACAAUAUAUAACACUUUUACCUUUGAUUAUAAUUUCUGUACAUGUAUAUUUUCAGAAAUUGUCUUGUAUUCCAUCUUGCAACUGUCCUCUGACAAUAAGUGAAAUGUUCUCCUCUUGUUAAAAGUGCCAUAAUUAAUCUCUUUAUGAUGUAAGGGUGAGCUCGUUUAGAACGGUGGAAUCUUUUAAUUCUAAUUAUCUUCAGAAAAUAUGAUGUUUCUCUCAUGAAUAUGCCAAUUGAAAAUAAGAUGAAUUUUAUCAUGUCUUUUUACAUUGCCUUAAGCACACUUUAUUUAGGAUGUUAAUGUGGGGAAAUUUACAAUCACAUUCCUAUUCUUGUUUUUUCAUAUAUUUUUCACAAGAUACUAUGGCUACGUAUUCUAUCAUAAGCUUGUCAACUGGAUUGAACCAUGGUUUCUUUUACAAGUUUAUCCUCAGUAACUUUUCUUCAUGUGAUCAUUCUUCAUAUUUACUGUAAAACAAAUAGAGGUUGAUGUCUUAAUCAGCUACUUAGUUGUAUCCCACCCGGAGGGGCCACUUACAUUGACGAGUGGAUACCAUGCGUGACCAAAAAAACACGUAAAAAGGAUGUCUUUUUCA